AACCGAAAAUAAUUCUACUGGACAAGGCACAAGCAAUCGCAAAAAAACUUUUUGGGGGCAGUGUAAAUUGAAAUUGUCAGUGUGGUGCAAGUUGGGUGCUGCGUGCGCAGGGCAUGUUGUAGUGGCUGUUUGGAAGAGCAGUAACUCAUAAUUUAGGUCAGGAGUUGUAAGCGUGUCUGAAAUGUCACUAGAUUACGAGCUCAUGAUAAAAAUCCAUCUGUGAUGUUUGCUUACUGCUGUGACAGUUGAGGCUGAAACAGGUUUUUUCAGGCGAAACUCUGCCCUGUUUGAUGGAUGGCUGGUCUGUACUUUAAUACCUGGCAGCCUGCUAGCAACAUACAGUAGUGUAUAAUUCAGCCCUGAGUGCUUACGUUAGAACAGGCUUGGAGAUAGUGGGGGUGGUGAGGGCAUAGAGCGCUGGGACUCGUAGUCCACAGCAGGGGCUGUAAAGCAUGUCAAAUGGGGUUUCAGAACUCUAUAUCCCAGAGUGCCUUGCCCUUGGCCAUCCAGGAAAGGGAACAGCUGCCAACCUAUCCCAACGAGGAGGUGUGGUGAGUGAGCAGCUGUCAAGCCAAUGAGAGCCGAGGAUGCGGAGCAGAGUUGUGGGCUGAAAAUAGAGGGUGGUGGUUGUGAUGGUGGUGGUUGAGGGGGGGCGGUGUAAGUGUCUGUUUGUGUGGGAUCAGGCAAGGGCUUGCCUGUAUGACUAGGGCCACUCGCAAGUUUCCUGUCUGGUAAUGCUGCAGCCCUGCCCAGAGACGGAGGCAGCAGAGCUGGCUGACAGGCAGGGGAGUCACAUAGGGCCCGGGACACAUUUUCUGCCUAUUUGACAGGCAGACGGACAGACGGCAGGACGGAUACACGGGUGGGGGCUGUGCUCGGCGGCUCGGCGGCAGGCUGGUGGAAGAUGUCGUCAGGAGCCGGUGGGAGGGGCGGAAGGCAGCUCAGGGGGACAGCAAGCGGCCGGGCUGGAGGAGGGAGAGGAGGGGCAGGAGAAGCAGAGGAAGGCCCCGUGGGGAUCCCUUUCCCCGAGCACAGCGCAGACAUCCUGGGCAGUCUGAACAAGCAGCGGCUCAGCGGCCUGCUGUGCGACGUGCUCCUGGUUACUCAGGACCAGGAGUUCCCGGCUCACCGCUCCGUCCUGGCCUCCUGCAGCUCAUACUUCCACAAGCUCUUCACUUCAGGGGCCGCUGCUGACCAACAGAACAUCUACAAAAUCGACUUUGUGGCAGCAGAGGCCCUGGGAGCGUUGCUUGACUUUGCCUACACAGCCACAUUGACAGUCAGUCACAGCAGUGUGGCUGACAUCCUUGCCGCUGCACGCCUCCUCGAAAUCUCACCUGUCCAGGACGUCUGUACACACCUGCUGGACACAAAAGUGCUCUCCCCGCCGGCGGGCAGUGAGCCAAGAGAUGGCGAUGGAGAUAAGGAGGGAAAGGGCAGAGGGGGCCAGGAGCAGGGGAACCGGAUGCGGGCCCGGGAGUACCUGGAGUACUUCCAGAGAGGGGCGCACUGGAGCAGCAGCUGCAGCACGCCAGAGCUCAGGGACCUGCCUACACACCUGCACUUUAACCACGGAAAUGGCCCCAGUAAUGGGGGCCCCAGUGAGUACUACUCCCCUUUGGCCCUCGCCUUGGCCCAGGCCCCAACGCAAGAGCCAGAUGAUGAGGACGAGGAUGAAGAGGAAGAGGAGGACGGGGAAGCAGUGCAGGGGAAUGGAGCAAGCUUUGGGUCAUCUUACUACCCCCCGUCCCAAAAUGGUCACUUCUUCCUCCCCCCAGACUCUAGGCUGGGGCAGGAGACAGAAGUGGAGGACGGUGGUAGGGAGGCGAGGGAGAGGGGUUCAGCCAGUGCCCUCCUACAGCAGAUGAUGGACUCCAUCGAGAGGCAAAAGGAGCGUGCCACGACCGGGGAGGAACCGGGAGAUGGGGAUGACCCAGACAUGGAAUUUUACUUGAAUUAUUUUAACAGCACGCAGCAAGAGGAUACAGCUUCUGCUGCUGUGACACAGGGUGUGCCACCACUCUGGUUAUCCCGGGGCAGUACAGGCCAAGACAGAGUUGGAGGAGAAAGAGUGGUUGGAGAGAGAGGCAACAGGGAUGGAGGAGGAGGAGGAGGAGGUGGAGGAGAGAGGAAGAUGCGCUCUAAGGCCUUCCAGAAGUGCCCCAUAUGCUCUAAGGUCAUUCAAGGAGCAGGCAAGCUACCCCGCCACAUCCGAACGCACACAGGAGAGAAACCCUAUGAAUGCGCCAUCUGCAAAGUGCGCUUUACCAGGCAGGACAAGCUCAAGGUUCAUAUGCGGAAGCAUACAGGAGAGAAGCCUUACCUGUGUACGCAAUGUGGGGCCGCCUUUGCCCACAACUACGACCUGAAGAACCACAUGCGUGUACACACAGGCCUGCGCCCCUAUCAGUGCUCAAGCUGCUUUAAGACUUUUGUGCGCUCUGAUCACCUGCACCGCCACCUCAAGAAGGACGGCUGCAACGGCAUCCCCUCGCGCCGAGGCCGAAAGCCUCGGGUGCGAGAGCAGGGGCUCCUCGAGUCCCCCCUGGGCCUGCUGAGCCCCAGUCCCGACACAGUACCCGGGCCUCGUACCAACAGGGGACGGCGGCGUUCUGAGGCAACCUCGGCGGCAGACGUGGUUGCCGGAGCUCAUGCACACAGUCCUCAGCUGCAGGAGUUGGCAGUGGAGCCAGGGCCCUGAGACUGCAGGGGCAUCAAGGACACUGCUGGAUACCAUAGUCACUCUGCACUGCCUGUGAGACAGACCAGUGAACAGAGAAGAAAAAACACACAAAGACAAACUUAAAAAACAAAACAACUAACUAUUCCUCUAUAAACCAAAUCAGGGUGUCACAAAAAUCUUAUCUUUAUAUUUCUUUCUCCUUUUACUUAAGAAAACAGUAGACUUGCAAGCACUUGAGUCAGUUUAUCUGUCAAAGAGCAAAGAACGCUUCAAAUCAUACACCCAUGACGUCCACUUUCUGGGCCAUUUCUUUCUUUAUAAUAGUAGAGGUUUUAUACAUUGGCAUAUGUGCUUAGGCAAAUGUAUAAUAGAUACAAAGAAACUCUGAGCAACUAUGCAGUUGAUUUAGAUUUUUAUUGGUUUUGUCCUCACAGCCUUCAAGCUCUAAGCAAGGUGUCUGUCAAGCACCUUCUGGCUGCUGUACGGGUGAAGCGAGGACAAAUCCUCCCAGUGAAAACAACUCUUUUUCUAUUCUUUUGCAGGUCUGAAAUGUACAGUUACCAUAGAAACAACAUUGCCACAAUUUGGCAUAUGCAAGGAAAACUCACCACAGUUUUGAUGCAACAGUUUUCUCUCUCUCUAAAUGUUCCAGAAAGAAUCAGACGAGGGUUUGAUUGAAGUGUUACUUACUCUAUAAAAUGCAUAUUAAGAAUCUAUGGUUUGUCUUAUUGAAAAACAAAUUCACCUUGAGUCGAAUCCACGUUAAUGGGGGCUCGUCAAUUGCAGGACUAGGGAAAAUGAGGGGUGGAGGGUUUGUGUUUUUAAAGCACUUCCAUCGUCUACGUGUCUGUUGGCUUGACUACAUGGCCUCUUAUUCCUCACAAUUCUGCAAUUUCAGCAUUUUUGUUUUCCCUUUUGAUUUUGUCUUAAUUUUUGUUGUUGUUCCUUUUUGUUGACUGCUUAGGGUACUUGACACUUUAUAAUUGUAUACAUGUAUAUAAAUACCCCAGGUGGUGAUAUGACAUUGAUCCCAUCUUAAUGCUGAGGUGUACUUACCAAUCGGGUUUUUCCUUUUAGGCUUGAUGUCAUAUUUCUCAAAGAGUGAAGCUUGUGGGUGAACGGAAAAGAAACAAAAUUGUAUGAAUGUUUGAUGAAACAAAAAAAACAUAAUCACCCACUUGUCCUAAACUUAACACUUGACAUGUAUAGUUCCUGCCCAAAGGAUGAGGAGGUCGAACGAAUGAAUGUGCUUAACUUUCUGCAGUUUUUCGGAAUCUGUCCUUGUGUGACAAGGCGCGGGUAGCAUUUAACCAACCGCAGGUUAAAGAAUUGGCAGGGACCCUGAGUGAGAGAGUGACGAAGAAGAGAUAGAUGAGCACCUUUUUUUCUAUGUUUGCACAGCUUUACUAAAGAUAUCCAACUGAGCGAGAGAAAGGUAUAUUUAAAGGAAGUGGACUGGUGUUGGGGCGGGAGUGAGAGCUUAUGUAUCAUGCUUAUUCCGAUCCGUUUGCCCGAGGGACCACACAACCGUGAGGCAACCUGUACGAUGAAAAGAGCAAUAAAUACCUGUCCAAGUUGGGAGGCCAAAUAGGAGCGCAGCUGCAGCUGGUUGAUGGGGGGAGGGGAACAAGGGAAGGGGAGGGGGAUCUCACAAUGUCUGUUGCAUUCCAAAAAAUAAUCUCCCCCAGCUCAGCCACGUUUCCAGGCAGGAGGGGAUCAAAUCAGGCCUUUUCUCUCCCUCUCUCUCCCUCUGUAGUCCUCUAAUGCCCCCGAACCAGCCUGGAGGGGAUAUUAUUAUAUUAGAGUCUGGUGUUGCUUUGGGUAGGACGCCUGGUGCUGGCAGUUUGGUGUGUGAGUGUGUUUACAUGUAUGUGUGCGUGUGUGUGCGUGGCAGCCAGGGUCCCUCUGGCCACAUCAUCACUGUGUGAGUCAGCCACAGCCUGUUCAAACAUGCACCCUGAGCUGCCAGGCCCAAUGCACUUUCUCUGUCUCUCUCUCUUUUUCUCGCUCGCUCGCGCGCGCACACACACACACAAGCUCUGAGUCCAGGUAUCCUGUAGAGAAGGAGAAAACAGCAGAGCUGGCAUAUCUCUUAUCAAUAUUGUCAGUGACUCCAUACAUCUGGAUUUGUCCGUUUUGAAAUAUCUAGCGGUGUUUUUGUACUUCAAAUCCAAUGUUAUUUCCCAAGCUAGCACACUGAGCCUUUGAAUAAAGAGGAGAACAUGCAUGUGAUUAAGAGCCCCCCUUCAACAUCUUGUACAGUAGAGCUGCAGUCCCUUUUUGCACCUUAAUUGGAAAGAGGCAGGUUAUGAAUGCACUUUGUUACUGAGGAGGGCACUUCUGUCAACAAAACGGGUACUUUGAAACAAACCAGUUGCAUAUGAGAUACGUCCUUUCUUCUGUCCAUGGGGGUGAAGUCGAGCUACUUCACUUGUUUUUUUUUGUUUUUUUAAGGUUUUAAUGACAAGCUGCCAAAAAGAAUCAAAAAAAUCAACCCGUAAAUAUGCAAAUUCAGAUCUCAAAAACUAGAAGCCAGGCAGGUUCUGCUGCAAACAAGUUGACGAUUGUGACUAGAAAUGACUCAAUGAAUCCAUGUGACUGAUUGCACUUGAAGUUAGUUGUUGAAAAAUUAAUUUUAGUGAGUUUUUUUUGUGUCUUAAUGUUCAGAAAGGGGAUAGAAGGAGGACGCAGACAAAGAAGAAAUUGUGUUUGUGCGUGUGCGCGCGGCAAGCAUGCGUUGCUGGCUGCAGGGUCUAAGGACAAGCUUGGAUAAACAACCUUCGCGUCUACCCCAUCUGUUCACCAGCUCCACUCAUAACUACACAUGUUCUCCGAGGAACCACAGUGAUAAUAGGUCCACGGUACCACACAAGCAAAAAAUACCAUAUUAUAAAAACAACUCAUUGGACAUUCACAGCUCUGCACAACUCUGGGUUUACUCCUGUCGGUCAUUGUUAGGGGGCUGGUGAAGGUCUCCGCAGUCUCAGUUUCUAUUUUUGCAUCUCUGUUAUGACAAAGAUGGGGUUUAUUAUUGCACAGUUUGGCUCCCGCAGGCAGACCAAUGUAACCUUAUGUCUACCUGCUUUGUGAUCUUUAUGCAUCGUGGUACUCAGUGUAGACUCCUUAAACCCAUUUAGUCUUGGUGUGGCAGAUUCUUUUGUCUACCUGUUGAGACAUGUGAGCCACCUUUUGUUGGACCUCCAUAUUUCCCCAAAGGACCUAUGUUGUUUUUUGAUUAACCAAAGCGUUUCGCCCUCGAUCUUAGUCCACUAUAGACCAGAGAUAUUGAAAGUAUGUCUAUAAUUUUUUUCAAACUCCCCCUGACUAAGCCACACACAGAUGCCCUCCUCUUGAAUGCAUAUGCUGAAAUGUGUGUGGAAUCGCGCAGACAUUUACUUGAGUUUGUUUUCUCUCGCUCGUUUGUAUGCCAGUGGACACUAGAAUCAGAGGUUUAAGGAUGUAUAGUUGUUGUUUUUCUGUCUACACUCAUUUCUCUUAACAUAACGUGUUGUGUUACAGCUGUUUUUUUUAAAUUACAAUUCUAUAUGGCUGUGCGUGUGUGGGUGUGUGCAUAUGUGUGUGACUGUUAGUGUGUGUGAUGGGGGGGUAGUGGUUUUUUUGUAGCUGUGCCAGGUGGGUGGGGUAAAUGGGUGCAUGGGUAAGGUUAUGGAUAUAAAGCCUGAUAGCACUGGAAACGGUGCUUUUUAGCUGAGAGCAAAAGUUUGCACUAACGUUAAACGUCCUUGUCCUGCUUAUGGGAGAAGGGCAGGAGACCUCAGAGAGGCCUGCGAGUUUCCAUGAGCACAGAGCUUUGUGGUCGAGUUACUCAACGGUCUCCUUAAAAAGUCCAUCCAACCCCUCCGUAGAAAUAAUCAUGUACAGUAUAUUAAGAAGUACACGUUAAGACAUCCAACAACAACGAAAUACCAAAGGAAAGAAAAAUGGCUUGCAUUCAAGCCGUUGGACAUUUUAAAGCUACCAAUCGGAUGUUGGAUCAAUAGAGUUUAACUGUUGAACCUGAAGUCUCUUGAAAAGAGAUUCUGGCUGUAAAUCAUAUUUGCGCUUUAUAUUAUUAAAAAUAUUCCAAAUGUACAACGUCGAAGCACUUAAACAGUAGCAAAGCCUCUCCGAAAACAUUCAAAGCGUUUGAGUCGGUCCUGAUCUGACGGCUGUGAUGUAACGUGUGUUGACGUAUUGAUUCCAGCUCGCAUUCAACUCAAGAGAUGGGAUUCUUUGCUUUUUUUAAAUCAACGUUUGUUUCAUGUUCAGUGAACUGAUGAAUAAUAAUUUGAAUUUAUGAUGAAAACUGUUGUUAAACACUGUUAUUUUGAUCUUCACUAACUAACGGAUGAUUUCAGUUUGAUUUUUUUUGUUUUGUUUUUUCCAGAAGGUGGAAUUGAAUUCAAAUUGUCUCUAUCCAAGCAGACUGGGACUUUGUGGCCUUGCCUGAGCAGCACUAAGCGUUUUUUGUUUUUCUAUUCCAGACAGUGGUAUUGUGCAGUGUGGGGCUGAGGCUCACUCCCACCAGGUUGACAACGCAACACCGGGAGCCUCAGUGUGCCUUAGGUGGGCAGGGACUGACAAAACUCACACCCUCUCCUUUUCUUUUUACUUUGCUCUUGUUUUCUGCCCAUAUCUCUUAAGACCAGAUUUUAAAAAAGAUGACUGGAUUGGUUCUGAAAUGGACCAUUUCGCUGUCUAAACUCUACUUGACUUAAUUCAAAGUAAUGUACUAUAGCCACUAGAUCAGAGCCGUGUCUCUAUCAGCCUCUAUGGCUCCAUGACGGGUGUGUCCCCAGCCUCAGCCCCAGACCAAGGUCACUCUGACACUGAGACGGUCUCAGAGCUUCUUUACCAGAGCGUUAGAUUUAACCUUCAUGGGUUCUUUUUUCUCUCCAAAGUUGCUAUCAAAGACUUGGUAAAUCUAUCUGAGAAGGCCAUAAACACAGAUGAGCAACGAAUAUGAUAACAAUGAUAACUGUAAAUAAUCAACUCCAGCAGGACGGGGUGACUGUCAUCAUGUGUGAUGGCAGAAGUGGGACUAUUUGCUUUUUCUUCCUCAUUUUGCCACACACCUGAUUUUUUUCUGUGUUUUCCAUCGGGCUCUUGAUGCACAGCAAGCUGAGUGCAGCAUAUGCAGUUGGGCACUAUGCGCAGCGUGGCUCUGGCACUUGCACAGACAGCCCUGGGUCCUUCAGAGGCAGACUGCUGUCUGUUGGCUGCUCUCAGCCAAGUGGGGACAGUUUGCACUUGGAGUCUCUCUCGGUCUCGUGGGAUUCAGAGGUUGGCAUACGGGGAGGAGGAUCAAACAUGGGUUGCAGGGGGAAGGCUGGAUAUUGUUUUCAGGGAUGCGCUCAGAAAGGCCCAGGUGAUUGACUAUAUUUAUUGAGCAACGGUUCAGUGUUGGUCCUCUGAGCUGGUAGGAAUUGGUGUGAGUUGUAAUACAAAGGUCACCACAGAUUUCACAUCGGAGAACUGGAACAAGGAGAGUGUUGCAGGUCUCUUUUGUCUCUAUGUUAGUACUUCUCAGGUGGAAAAAUACACUGCUAUGCAUUGAUUUCAGUGUCUGCUCAGUUUGUGGUUAUGUCUGAUCAGCCCCCCAAAGUUGUUUGUCUGUCUUAGCCCUUCUUAUUCAUACCAAUAUUUAACAUAAUAGCUCCCAGAAAGAUGAACACAAGAGCACUUCCCUCAUUGUUAAUUUAUUGAAGUUAAAUGUACAUAUGUCUCCAUCUGAUAUUGAUCCAGUGUUUGUUGGAGGGAAGGAAGCCACUGGAGAUUCAGUCUUACAAGUCGGGCCUGUAACAUUUUUGAAAGGAGAUGGGUUUUGGAAAAGCACAGAGGCGGAGCUCUGUGUGUUCUCUUCACUCUCCUCUCCCAUCGCUCUGCCUCUCUCCGGACUCGGAGUCUACGUCUUUGCUGCCGACUGGCCCUCAAUCAGAGAUCACACACCCCUCAGCGGGGGGGAUUCGGCAGGAGAGGGGAGAGGGAGGAUUGGAUGAGGUCUGGAGGAAGACACAGUUUCAGUUUUCAGUCAUCCAAACCAAUUUUCAGAUACAUUCCAUAACUUCAUGCUGUUGAUUCCUACUUUGGUGAUUCUGGCAGGUGUACAAGAUGAGAUUUGGCAGUUUCAGGCCGUCUGUCUUCGCUCAUGAUCCCACCACUAAGUGAGUGACAGACAGUUCAAACCCCGGUAUUCAGCUACCCAACUGCCUUUUUUUUUCAGCUUCUGCGAUUGUAACAAAAGCACUUUUGCGAAAAGGCCAUCCUGAAUUGUGUGUGCUUGUAAUUUUUAUGGUUAUCACUAUUGUUAUUAUUUUUUUGGUCCUGUUGUUGUUUUUUGUUUGUUUUGUCUUCUUGGUGCAGAUGAAUAUUUAAAUGCAAAAAAAGAAUAAUAUGAUAUGGAAAUGAAAAAAAGAAAUAAGAAAAAAGAACUUGAAUAUUUGGUAUUUGGAUUGAAGGUGGUUUGAGCUGCCACCAUGUCUGAACAUAAACAAACACAUCUCUGUUAUAGCACCAUCCCUGUUAUAUGCAGCUGUUGCAUAGUCACACAAUACUAGGGGGGGUGUAAAGGACGGAUCUCGCCCCACUCGCUCUCUGCUUACUAUCUCAGAUCGUGUCGGGGGGGAGGUCAUUUGAGCUCAUUUUGGGAGACUCCUUUUCUUGAUAAAGAAACCUGUAUAACAGUUGCGACGCUUUCUGAGAAGGCUAGCUGUGCUGAAUGUUAAACAUGCAGUUGUUGUAUCCACUGCAGAAUCUCCUUGUCUGCAAUAACGCCCUCUCUGUGCAGUUCAAGGCUGGAUCUGGUAUCCAUAUUGAUGAAAUGAACAUGAAUGGAUGAAACGGCCAAAUAACCAACAUGGACUUUUUACAGAUUUGGUUAUUUUUUUAUUGUUGGGGGGAGGGGGCUUCACAUCUAUGUCAAAUCAAGAUUAUUGCAGUAGAGCGGAAAUAUUGAUUAUUAAAAAAACAUUCAAUGAAUAUAUAGUUCAGUAAAUGGUUAUAACUUGGGAGAGAAAGAAAUAGGCUACUGUUUAUGAUAGGUUGAUUUGUAACUGUGAUUGUUAUGAUAAUUCUUUACAGAGGGUUUUGUUUUAUUUCUGUUGUACAUUUGAAAAUGGUGGAAUAUGUCCCAGUUCUCAUAUCCGGACAUUUAAUUGUAAACCGCACGCAGUCACACCAUGCGGAAAAACGGUGCUCCGCUUCUUCUCUGCCAGUUAAAACUUCCCUCCUUGUUGGACACGUGACCACCCGCCUCUCUGCGUUUCCCAACAGGUGCAAUCCGAAAUUCACUAAUGGAAAGGAGUUUGGCCAGAAAGUGCAACAGCAUUCAGCUUUUUCCAUCCAGCAGAGUGCAGCAGCCGUUUUCUUUCCUACAUGAUUCAGUGUGGAUUUGCUUUCUAAAUAAUCCUUUUCUCAUCACAAAGGCUUUUUUAUUUUUAAUUUCUCUGCAUAGCAGUCUGUCAGUCCAUAUCUGUUGGAAGCUGGGGGGGGUUGAGAAUUUGCACUUUUGGUGACGAAAAAAAAUGUAUAUGAGACCACUAAAUCCACACCGUCUAAACCAUAUAAUUCCAUUUUUGUGUCAUUUUUUUUUGUUUUUCUGUUCUUUUUUCUUUUUUUUUUAAUAUAUCCAAAAAUGUCUGGCAUCUGGUUGUCUGGUUUAAAGAAUAUAAAAUCUUUCUAUUAAAAAAAACAAUGGUUGCAAA